AUGAACAAGUCGAUGCAGGCACGACACAUCUUCCAUAACCACCCUCUCCACUACAACACAUUACUAUCACUCGCCCGACCACAACCACCCCCUCAUCCACCACUGUGGCGCCGCCCCGUCGCAUCCAUGCCUCCACGAAAAGACUCCAUCCCUCACGAAACACGCACCGUCGCCGAGCCCCGACAAAACAAGCUGUAUCCCGUGCGUCUGGCGCAUAUCGAGCAGAUCAAUCCGACAAUCCGGCUGCUGCGGCUGGCGCUACCGGCGGAAUCGCUCUCCGACGAUGAGACUGAUGACCUCCCCCAGGAACCAUUCUCGUUCCUGCCCGGACAAUGGCUAGAUGUCCAUGUCCCUGGUAUCCAGCAAGCAGGCGGCUUCACCAUCACAUCAACGCCCAGCGACGCUCACCCUCUGCCAACACCAGACGCCAAUGCGACUGUCAUCCAAGAAGGUUCCAACAACAAAGUCCCUUCCCAACAUGUCGAGAUCAGCGCCGACUCAAACGGGAGAUAUCCCUACGUCGAACUAGCUGUGCAAAACUCCCCGUCCAAUCCUCCUGCCGCCUGGCUGUGGAAACCAACCAAGGAGAUUCUGGGCAGGGAGGUGAAUGUGCGCGUUGGUGGAAGUUUUGUGUGGCCGCCAGCAGCAACAAUCCUUCCACCUACGCAAAUAAAUAAAGUUGUGCUUGUUGCGGGUGGGGUUGGUAUCAAUCCCCUAAUAUCAAUCCUCUCACACAUCACCGAACUCGCCUCAACCCCAUGCUCUCCCCAACACCAACAAGAAGAGAAACCACCACACACAAAACCACCUACAAUCCACUUCCUGUACACAACCCGCAUCCCGCACGCCGAAAAGCUGCUCCUCGACGGCAAACUAUCCACGCCGCAAGCCAGCAUCACGCGCGAAGCCCUCGACGAGAUCCUCUUUCUCUCACGCCUGCGCCGCAUCGUGCACCGUGUUUCUUCCUGCAGUAAGAAUAACAAUAUGCAAAUAAAGCUCGACGUAUUCCUAACCAAUAUCCCGCCUCGGGAUGACUCUUCGCCGUCGGUUUUGGCGCAGGCGACGCAGUCGUUGAAUGAGGAUGGUGGUGGUGGUGCAGAGAGUAAAAAUAAUAUUCAUGUGCAUGGUCGGCGUAUCAGCAAGCAGGAUUUGGAUGGUGCUGUGGUAGGAGCUGCUGGCGGCGAGAGUACUGUGUGUUAUGUGUGUGGGCCGCCGCCCAUGACAGAUGAGUUUGUUGGCCAUUUAGGCUCGUUAAUAGGGUCAGAUAGGGUUCUUUGUGAGAAGUGGUGGUAG